AUGGCUGAAAAGAACAUCACCUGCAUCGUAGCUUCGGGUAAUAGAGUAGUAUUCAUGAAGAUUAACACUUCAACCACCAUUCUUGAUCUAAAAUUUGAUGUGUCAGAUAGGUUAGAUCUUUCAUAUGAAUCAUUAAGUUUGUCAUUCAAAGAUGAAACAAAUGAAAGCUUCAAAUUUCCUAUUGAGAACGAGGGGGAUCUGUCGUCUAUGGUGGAGCAUUGCCAUAACAGAGGAUUAAAGGAGGUUCACAUGCAAGCUUUCAAGGAAAAAGAGGAUUCUUCAAAAGUCCACAGCACCGUUCAAGUUCGAGAUGACAUGUAUGUAGAAGAGGUUAAGAAGACAAACCCAGGUAGCUACAUUCAUGUUGAACAAAAUGAGGGGAGGUUUUCAAAGCUAUUCAUCUGUUAUGCCGCCUGCAUAAAUGGGUUUUUGAACGGUUGUAGACCACUUAUAUUUUUGGAUGGUACCUUUCUGAAAGACCGUUUCAAAGGUAUACUCCUCAGCGCCGUUGCAUACGAUGGAAAUCAGGGGAUAUUUCCAUUAGCCUAUUGCAUCUGCGAUCAGGAAAAUACUGUAAACUGGAAUUGGUUCUUACAAGGUUUAUGGUCUAUUCUCUAUGAAAGGCCAGAUCCAUACAACCCUCCACACAAGCUAGUUAUAAUAUCUGAUGCGGAUAAGGGGAUCAGAGAAGCAGUCAGAAAAUAUUUUCCGGAUGCUAUACACUCUAGAUGUGUUCUGCAUCUAGUUGAGAAUUUCAGGACAAAGUUGUGGGAUUUGGGUUUCAAGGCAAAGGAUACUCGGAUUUUGGGCAACCUUUUUCAAUCUGCUUGUUACAAAUAUACUAAAGCAGAAUGGAAUGACUAUGUGGAGGACAUUAGACUAGCGGACGAACGAGCCUACAAUAUUGUCAUGUACUACGCUCCAGAGAACUGGGCUAACGCAUUUUCCCCGGAAUUAGAGUCAUUCAACAAAUGGAUACAUGAGGCUAGGCUUCUACGAAUACUACAACUCGUAGAACACAUAUGUAAACAGAUUAUGGUUCGCAUGAAUGAGCGACGAUUAAUGGCUGAAAGUUGGAAUGGAUUUCUUUGUCCCAAAGAUGAACUUGUCCUCAAAGAGAACAUGGAAAAUGGGAGUCCAUUGGAUGUGUGUUAG